AUGUAUUCAUAGCCUUGAGGCUUAAGCAGUAGAAUCUUCGCUGCAUCUUCUAGCCAUAUACACCGUCUACUUUGUCCGGCUAUACAAACCUGACUAGCUCCGCCCGACUAAUACCUGCCAACCAACCUUACCUACUUAUCAAAUAGCUCUUCUUCAUCGGUUCUACUCAGGACGCCAACCACAUUACACGCGAUCCUUGGUCCACGAUCCUUGCGAUAGACGAGCGAACACCCACGUCCACGAUCAAGAUUCAACAUGUGCUUUGGAACGAGCGGCCGCAAGUACUACUACCACGAGGAGGUAGUCCCGACUAGACACCACCAUCACCACCACGGGCAUCACCACCACGGACACCACCAUCACCACGGCCACUCCCCGCGAGCGAGCUACACGAGCGUGAGGCGGUCCUACGUCGCCAGCAGCCCGCGCGUCAGCUACGUUGAGCCCGUGCUCUAUGAGCGGACGAGCCGCACAUACCGAUGAA